GAAGUGUAAAUGAUAAACACGCUCGCUCCUUCAGCACAGAGCAGAGAGUUUGACCCAACCUCCACGAUACAAGGCUUCACAUCAUUGGAGACCGUUACUCACUUUGUAGGCAGAGCGACUGGGAGGCAGGGCGCUUUAGAGAAUCCGAGACCAGGCAAGUAAGAAAAAGAGAGCGAGAGAAAGAGAGCAGUAGUGGAAAGACAGGAAGACAAGAGACAGAGGCAUGUCCAGAAUCUGACACUUUUACAGGAUUCGGAGCACUGAAAAGCUGAAGAAAAAGACAACACAAAUCAGCUACUAUGCAGGGAGUCCAUGGCAGCCCUUUCCCCUCGACACCCUUGAUAACAGCCCUCCUGAUCUUCCUGCUGUGCUCAGCUGGUUCUUUUCUUGAGUUGAGUCCCAUUAUAAAAGAAACCACUCUGUCCGCUAAUGCCUCUAUCUCCAUCACCUGUUCCGGGUGGGCUCCUGUCUCCUGGCGCUACAAAAGAGAUGAAAACGUACCUGAGUUCAGAACAGAAAAUCGAUCUCGCACCUCUAGUGUUCUCCACCUAGAGAAUGUGACAUGGAGACACACAGGAGUGUAUGUGUGCUCUGAGAAUGGUUCUGAGGAAACCAGGGAGGUGGCUGUCUUUGUGCCUGACCCAGAGGAGUGGUUUCUGGAGAAUGACUUUCAUGCAGUCACUAAGACAACUGAUGAAGGGACAAUUCCCUGUCUGGUGACAGACCCAAAGAUCAAUGUGACCCUUCAUGAAAAAGAUACUGAUAUCCAAGUGAUGGGCAAAUACAUACCCACCACUGGCUUUACAGCAAUACUGGAAGACAAAAUUUACAAAUGCAGAGGAGAACGCAAUGGAAAGGAACAGUGGUCCAAUUUAUUCUACGUCUUCAGCAUUAUAGUUCCUGAGGCGCUGGACGCCCACAUCAAUGCCUCAAAGACGGUGUUGAAACAAGGCGAGCCACUCAGCAUUAACUGCACGGCCCACGGAGUCGAGCUCGUCUUUUUCAACUGGGAGUUCCCGAACAAAGAAGCUGGAAAUGUGGAAGUUCUGACAGACAUAAUCUCAGCAACCAUGAGUAUGCGCUCUUUUCUGAACUAUUCCCAAACCACUCUGGAACACUCUGGGCAGUACAUCUGCUAUGCACAAGAGAGCGUGAGCAACCAACGUACAUCUCUUAGCAUCAACAUCACUGUGCUGGAGAAAGGUUUUGUCAAGCUGAGCUCAUUUCAAAGCACUAAUGUCUCGGCCUUACUGCAUGAGAAUGUGGAGCUGAGGGUGGAGGUGGAGGCGUAUCCCACACCUCGGAUACACUGGAGCAAAGAUGGAGCCAUGAUUAACGGAGACAAGGUCAUCAAUACGAGACAGGAACAGGAAACCAGAUACAUCAGCACAUUAACUCUAGUGAGGAUCCGCCUAGAGCAGAGAGGAUAUUACACUGUUUAUGUUUCCAAUGGGGACGAUUCCAAGAAGAUGACCUUUGAUCUAGUGGUUAAAGUUCCCCCUCAGAUAACUGAACUUUCAGAUCAUCACCUGCCGGAAGAGAAGCAUGCAGUCACCUGCGUGGCAGAAGGAGUCCCGUCUCCCAGUGUCCAGUGGCUUAGCUGUAAUAGCAUGCACAAGUGCAGCAACAAAACUGCUGUGUGGACCCCCCUAGUGGCAGAUACAGAGAACAUCCACAUUGUGACUAAUGUCACCUAUAACGAGAGCCGGAAAAUCCAUCAGGUCCACAGCCAGGUGAUGUUUCUCCAACCUCAGCAGAUCACUGUUCGCUGCCAGGCCAAGAAUGAGAGAGGAGCUCGUGCACGGGACAUCAGACUCAUCUCUAGCAGUCUGUUCUCUCAAGUGGCUGUUCCAGCUGCUGUUGUGGCUCUAUUCGUCAUAACCAUCAUUUUUAUUAUCAUUCUCAUUGCAGUGUGUAGGAAGAAACCACGUUAUGAAAUUAGAUGGAAGGUGAUUGAGUCUGUAAGUCAGGACGGUCACGAGUACAUCUAUGUGGACCCUGUUCAUCUCCCUUAUGACCUGGCCUGGGAAAUGCCUCGAGACAGUCUGGUUCUCGGUCGCAUACUGGGAUCAGGAGCGUUUGGCAGAGUGGUGGAGGCAACUGCUUAUGGACUCACCAAUGCCCAAUCUUCUACUAAAGUGGCUGUAAAAAUGCUUAAAUCAACAGCACGUAGGAGCGAGACUCAGGCUCUGAUGUCCGAGCUAAAGAUCAUGAGUCACUUGGGUCCUCACCUCAACAUCGUCAACCUGCUGGGAGCCUGCACCAAACAGGGUCCUCUGUACCUGGUGACGGAGUUCUGUCGAUACGGGGACCUGGUGGAUUACCUGCACAGGAACAAGCAGACCUUUCUGCAGAACUAUGCUAACAAGAGCCACCUCGCCAAUGGGAACGACAGCCACAUCUGUAUUGACUCUGAUAUGCCUUCUGAGAAAGGCUAUGUGUCAUUUGGCUCUGAAAGUGAUGGUGGUUAUAUGGACAUGAGGAAAGAAGAUAUGACUGAAUAUGUGGCCAUGCAAGAGCUAAAAGACACCAUUAAAUAUGCUGAAAUCCAGCCAUCUCCAUACGAGUCACCAUAUCAGCAGGACAUCUACCAAGAACAAGGUCACAGAGUGGACCUCUCACUGGUCAUCAGCGAUUCUCCCGCUCUGAGCUAUUGUGAUCUGGUGGGCUUCAGUUUCCAGGUGGCAAAAGGCAUGGAGUUUCUGGCCUCUAAAAAUUGUGUUCAUCGGGACCUGGCGGCUAGGAACGUCUUAAUAUGUGAAGGAAAACUGGUGAAAAUCUGUGACUUUGGGCUGGCCAGAGACAUUAUGCAUGAUAACAAUUACAUCUCCAAAGGAAGUACAUUCCUCCCUCUAAAAUGGAUGGCCCCAGAAAGCAUCUUUCAUAACCUGUACACUACACUGAGUGAUGUUUGGUCUUAUGGUAUUUUGCUAUGGGAGAUAUUUACUCUGGGAGGAACUCCAUACCCAGAUCUCCCUAUGAAUGAGCUCUUCUAUAACGCUCUUAAGAGAGGUUAUCGGAUGGCCAAACCCAUGCAUGCUUCAGAGGAAGUUUAUGAGGUAAUGAGGAAGUGCUGGGAAGAGAAGUUUGAGAAGAGGCCAGAGUUCUCCUAUCUGGUACAGGAGAUGGGAAACAUGCUCACAGAUGGAUAUAAAAAGCGAUACUCCCAGGUCAACGAGAGCUUUCACAAGAGUGAUCAUCCAGCUGUUGUACGCAGCAAGCCCAGGACCCCAUCUCCAUUCCCGGGCACAUUCCCUCCUUCUUCCCCUUCCACCAUUUUUCCUCUAUCCUCCUCACCUAACCGUUGCCUAGAGGAUGGUCAGGAGACACCUUAUAAUGGUUACAUCAUCCCAAUUCCUGACCCCAAGCCUGAGGAAGAGUGUCAGGAAGUCAGUAUGCCAAUAGACAGUCCCUCAAGCAUUGCAGGUUCUGAGGCUGAGACAGCAUCAUUGGAGUCUCCCAGUGCAGAACAGGAGUCUGAUGAUCAAUUGAAGGAACGAUCCAUCACUCCUGACAUAGAGGAGAGCUUCCUGUAACAGAAAGAAGUUUCCUCUCGCACUGAACAAAAUCUGCGACUGACAUUCAAACAAAAAGCAGACAUAGAAUCUGGUUAAUACAGGUCCUAUGGGGUGACAUGGUGGUUAUUUACGACCACUAUUUAAUUUACUUAGGCCACAAGUUAAUAUUUCAAGAUGACAAGCUAGUGUUGCAAUCCAGAAAUCCUAGCAAAUCCUAGAAAAUUCCAAGUUGAUUUAAAAAAAUUUUUUUUUUCCUUCAAUCGAAAAGCGUUUUAGUGUUUUGGGUCGGAGAGAUGUGAGCCAAAAAAAAAAAGAAGAAAUUAUGUAAAAUGUCUGUCAUAUCUUGAUCAUCUUUGCCCACAAGCCUUAAAAUAGCUGAUUAAAUGAAACUGAACUUAAAUCUGUUAAUAAGCCUCAAAUAUUAUAAAGUAGAAAAUAAUGCAAUGAGAAUACAAGGCAAUUUAGCUGUUUGAGUUCCUGACUUGGAAAUUCUUUGAAUGCCUUUGAAUUCCUUUGCACUUUAUCAUGUGACUGGUAGGACUGGUCUAAAUUCCAAGUUUCAUGAAUUUUUGUGGUCACAAAUUGACCAUGCCUUAGUACAUUACAGGAAAAUGCUUAAUUUUAAAUACAUAAUUUUCCAUAAAUUAUAUAAUAGAUCUUUAGAAACUUAACUGAUGUGCUUAAUAUAUUAUUUCUUGGCUGAACAUCUAAAAGUUCUUUAAAAAACAAUGAUUUUUGUAAAUGUUAUUCUGUAUAAUUAACAAAUAUUAGGAUUACUACAGAAAACUUGUAUCAGUUUUUCUACCUUGUUUCUUUUUUAGUUGGAAUUGGCAUUUAAGAAAAAUAGAUAUCAAGUGGAAAACAGUCUUUGUAAUGCUGAAUUUGACUUGUAACUCUUUUAAAACGCCAUCUUAAAAUUGAGGAAAUGGUAGUUAAGUCAGCCAUGACUCAAAACUCUGCACAUGUUCUGGGUCCAAGAUGUCUACGCCACAGACACUGGCUCCAAACUCAUCCAAGAUGGUGUCUUUCAACCAGUUUCACUUGAGGCAUCAAAACUGUAUACAACUGUAAAAAUGUAAGACAUUCUCAUACAUUAGUCUGAUUUUCACCUAACAGAUGAGGGGAAGUUUUCUAGUUAGUUGACUGCAACAAAUUACUUGUAUACAUGUGGAAGGGGCCUUAAUCAGAGUUUUGAGGAUCUGUCAAAAAACACCUUUAUUCAUAUUACUGGUUGGUCAGUGCUUUUCAGUGAAUAUAUAUAUAUACAUGUUUUGUGCUAUAAUACAAAUAGACCUGUGCACACAUUGACAGUGGACCAAGUUGAGGCUUGCCAUGAGCUGUCUUUAUAUGCUUUUUAGCACUGAAUUGUACAACUAUUUAAGGUGAUCUUUCUCUGUAUCAGCUGAACUUUGCCUGAGAUCUCCUAUUGGAUCAUACAUGGCUAUGUCACAGGAGAUUGUGCCACAAUCGGCUUUAGUUAAUGCAUUUUCUCUGCUUCAGUGAGUGCUGCCUUUAUUAAAAUAAGUGACAAAGUAUGCAUUUUGAUAGACAGCAAAAUACCCUUCUGAACAAUUCUAAAAUUUUAUGCUAAUAGAGUCAAGUGAUUUUUACCAGUAUGAGACUGUUGAAAACUUGCCACAAGCAUGAGUAAAGCUAUAUGUAGUUAAAGACAGGAAGAGAAAAUCAGGUUGAUUUAUUUCCAAGAAUAUGAAUGGAGAACGGUACACUACAGUAUAUUUAUGAGAAUCUAAACAGUACAUCAUUAGUGUCAAAUGAGAUUAUGUGCAGUAAGUGGCAUUAGCAUUGCCAAAAGUGCUUAGCAUCAUUUUUAGAAAACUGUUGUUUUGUAAAUUGUAUGUUAUUUCAGUUAUAUAACAGGGACUGACAUUUUUUUUGAGGACACGUUUAUAAAAGUGAUUUCUAUUUUACAACUGUUGAUCAGAGCCUUAUGCAAGAGAACUACAAAUGUUUGUUUUUUCAGUUUUUAUAUAAUUUUCCUAUAUUUUCUGUUUUAGAGAAAGGAUUUCUUACAGCCUUGUAGCAAGUUUGCACUUUAAAGUUAAAUGGGAAACUUUGAUCUAGAUUAUAUAUUUUGGGGUAUUUUUCCUUUCUUUUUUACUUUGAUGACUGAAAUGAAGGUACAUUAAAUGAAUAGCGGUAUUAUGAACUGUUGAUGCAGUAUUACAUAGACUGCUUUUUGUUCUUUAGCAAUGUAACUUUCUGACUGAAACACUAGUGAAACAGCACAGGUUAAGGUACUAGAUACAGGUCAACUCUUUAUGUGUGAAACUUCAUCUUUUGUGUUACUUACGUUUACUUAAAGUGACUGUAUCUUUAAUUUCUUCAUGUUAUUACAGAAUGACAGCCUUUCGGCUGUAGUAAGAGUCCUUUUAUAAACCAAUAAAGGGACAAUUCCAUUUUUUUAAAUGUUUGAAAUGUCAUAAUUUUACCAGAAACAAUAAAACAUUUAACCUCAGAAUGGUAGCAAUGACCCACAUUACAUACCUACUAAAGAAGCCAUACAUUUUGUACACGACUCAGAAAGUAUAUUGCUUUGCUUUCUUUUCACUUUUUUAGAUUUUAUUGUAGCCUUUUUUUUUUGUAUAUGAGCCAAACCUUAUUUAGUGCCACACCAUAAUUCACACUUUAUGAGGAAAUAUUAUACACGCUAUGGUACCAAAGCUUCUACAUUAUGUAUGUUUACAAUUGUAUUUUUGUAUAAAUAUUUUGUAUAUUGUACUUUAUCGUACUGAAUGUUCUAUAUGUAAAGGAAACCUAAAAUAAAGAAAAGGGAGAAAACAA